UGCUCUGUGUAGGUUUGUGAAAAACCUAGAUUUCGAAAAUGAAUAAAGAUGCCCAGAUGAGAGCAACCAUUAACCAAAAACUAAUAGAAACAGGAGAGCGGGAACGCCUUAAAGAGUUGCUGAGAGCCAAAUUAAUUGAAUGCGGCUGGAAGGAUCAGUUGAAGGCACAUUGCAAAGAUGUCAUUAAAGAAAAAGGAUUAGAGCAUGUUACUGUUGAUGAUUUGGUGGCAGAGAUCACUCCCAAAGGCAGAGCCUUGGUACCAGACAGUGUGAAGAAGGAACUCUUACAAAGAAUAAGAACCUUCCUUGCCCAGCAUGCCAGUCUUUAACUUUGACAUUCGUCUGGGAUACUGUGUUUCUGUAUUAUGUCAGUCAUGUCAGGAUUGGAAUGCAGUUUACAUACUUAAGGAUGGAAAAUCAUUAUUUUUUUUGUAUGAGUUGAAGUUUCUUUGCACUGCAUCGAUUUCUUAAACUUGGUGUUAUUUUAAUAAAAAAUUUUGUGGACUUGUG